AUGGCCCCUCUUUGGCCCCUCGCGGUCCUGCCGCUUGUCGUCCAUGCCCUCAGCGGCAUCCCCGCCGACAACCAGAUGGUCGAGAUGCCCGGCAUGAUCCGUUAUCCCAUCACCGUCGUCGACGGCGCUCCUGCAAAAGACCGCGUCUUCCGCCGACAGAACGACGUUGGCCUCGCUCCCCGGAAAUUGGGCUUCUUCUACUCCAUCGAGGUCAAGCUCGGCACCCCCUCCCAGGCUGUCAGCGUCAACUUCGACACGGGCUCCGACGAGCUCUGGGUCAAUCCAACCUGCAGCAAAUCGGCAGACCCGGCCUUUUGCCAGAACUUUGGCCGAUUCAACGGCUCCCAGACGUUUGUAGACGUCAAGAGGAACUCGACCAUCAACUACGGUACCGGCUUUGCCAACCUCGAGUACGGCUACGACUAUGUGCAAAUUGGCUCCUCCAAGCUCAGCCAGCAGCUCCUGGGCGUCGCCACAGCGUCCGAGUUCGCCGUCACCGGCAUCCUCGGCGCCGGCCCAAACCUCGACGGCUGGAACAGCCACUACCCCACCGUCAUCGACAAUUUGGCCACGCAGGGCUUCACCAACAGUCGCGCCUUCUCCCUCGACAUCCGCUCCAUCGAGAGUAAGCGUGGCUCCGUUGUCUUCGGCGGCCUCGACACCAAAAAGUUCUCGGGUCCUCUCGAGAAGCGGCCCAUUGUCCCCGCCGCCCAGUCUCCCGACGGCCUGACCCGCUACUGGGUCUACCUUGACGGCAUCUCCAUCACUCAGCCCAACGGCUCCGUGGUCAACGCCUUCGAUAAGCCCAACGGCCAGGCCGUCUUGCUAGACAGCGGCUACACUGUCAGUGCCCUCCCCAGCGCAAUCUUCGACAAGAUCUUGGCCGCCUUCCCCGAGGCCAAGCCCCCUGCUCAGGGCACCAACCUGUACGAGGUUCCAUGCUCCAUCGGCAACUCCAAGGGCCGUGUCGACUUCAAGUUUGGCAAGACGGUCAUCAAAGUCCCGUACAACGACUUCAUCUGGCAUCAGUCCGCCAAUGGCGUGUGCGUGCUCGGCGUCACCCGCGAUGAUGAUUUCCCCGUUCUGGGUGACACGUUCCUGCGUGCCGCCUACGUCGUGUACGACUGGGACAACCGCAACCUUCAUGUGGCCAACAAUGAGGACUGCGGCUCCCACCUCGUCGCCAUCGGGAAGGGUCCCGACUCGGUUCCCUCCGUCGUCGGCGAGUGCGGUGCCCAGUACACGACAACGCCGUCGUCUGCCCGUCCCACCUCGGCGCCCAUCUCCAAUUUGACUUCCACCAAGGGCCGCGGCGGUAUCACCAGCACCGUUUCUAGCAGGCCUGCCGACAUCACUUCUCGGCCCAUCGCGAGCUCGUCCACUUCGAGCUGCGACUCUUCGGACCCGUCAACGUUCACCUACUCCUCGGACCUGCCUCCCAACCCCUCGGACCUGCCCAACGACUCUUCGGACCCGUCCACCUACUCAGAACUGCCCAGCGACUCCGACCCGGACCUGUCUACCUCUUCUUCGGCACUGCCCAACUACUCGGGCCCAUCCACCUACUCUUCGGACCUGCUCACGUACACUUCCACCUUUACGAGCACUCGCACAUACGCCGUCACGUCCUGCCCUCCCUCCGUGACCGACUGCCCUGCCGACUCCGUCACCACGGAAACUAUCACGGGCACGACAACCUGGUGCCCAUCCCAGAGUGCGACCGCCGCUCUCUCGACGACCAUUAUCACGUCCGUCAUCGUCACCACCAAGACGUACACCGUGACCGACUGCCACGGCCAGGACUGUGGCAAGGGUUACGCUACGACCGAGGUUCUCACGUCCACCAAACAGCCGUGGACCGACAUCACGGCCACCUGGACCAUUCCCCGGACGCAUACCUGCACCAAGGGCGAGCACGGCUGCGUGCCCGGCCAGAAGAUUACGACGACGGACAUCGUCACUGUUAAGCCCAUGACCACGGGCCCUAGUCCCACACCCGUCCCCGGCUGCACCGACUGCCGCAUGCCACCUCCGGUCGUUAACCCUCCGGAACAGGCUUCUUUCCCGGCACCGUUGACGCCUCUCGAGAUCUCCCCUCAGUCGCGUCCCGUCGAGACUUAUCCCGCGCAAGUGCCUCCCAACCAGGCCGUCAACAACGUCCCCGGCACCAUCAGCAUGGUGACCAAGCCAACUGCUUCUUGCGUCAGUUGCGGCCCCGGGGGCUACAGCCCGCCGAUGGUGACGGCCGGCGCUACUGCGUGGCGCGCACCAAUGGCCGCCGUGGUCGUGGGCGCCAUCUUUGCGGCUGCCAUCUAA